UGGUUGCAACAUCAUACCCAAAAGCUCUGCGUCCACAACCGCAGUCGCAAUUUACGCACCAGCGAGUGGAGAUUAGUGCUGGAGACGCGCUUCUCCUGUCGCCCGCUUUGCUCAUAUUAUUACCCAAUAUUUGGACUAAUAUUUGCUUAACAUUUUUUUUGGAGUUAACUCGCUCGGACUGGACUAAAACCUGCGCGCAAACGUCGUGCGCAACGAAGAGAUGAAAGAUUUAUCCUGAAACCACAUAUUUGCUAAAUGCUGCUUUAGAGUGAAGACGUGCAAGGCACGAGCCGACACAUGGAGUCCAGGGUUCCCCACCACAUCCCCGGAGUGUCCUCCUCCCUCAUAUCCCAGCCCCUGCUGGACAGUCGAGUGCCCUACGGCCGCCUGCAGCACCCUCUCACCAUCUACCCCAUCGACCAGAUCAAGUCCUCGCAUGUGGAGAACGACUACAUCGACAGCCCCGCUGUCAUCUCCCAGCAGCCCGCGAGCCACAAGUCUGUAAACCGAAGAAUCACUUGGCUCGGUCAGAAUCAGGAGGCCUUCCUGGGCGCAAACAACAACCACCAUCACAAUCACCAACACCAGCACCAUCAGCAGGGCAGGUGUGACCCUCACCCUCAACAGGACACCACCACCCACCCUUGGAUUUCCUUCAGUGGGAGGCCCAGCUCUAUCAGCAGCAGCAGCAGCACCUCGUCUGAUCAGAGGCUGCUGGACCAUGCUGCACCCACUCCAACGGUGGACCAUCACCCAAACCUGCACCCCCAUCAGGGCAGUAGCAACCCAGUCUCUACCAGGACUCCAGGCUGCUUCAAUUCCUCUGAAUCUAAAGUCCUCACCUCCUCCUCCUCCUCCUCCUCCUCCGCUUCCUCCUGCUCCUCUUCCAAAUCUCUGGACCUAAAGGCUACAAAGAUGCGUGCAGGAGGCUUGUGCUCCACCGGUGGCCAGCAGGGGCCGGUGCUGAUCCCUUCCUCCCCGGCCGAGAAGAAGCACCUCCUUCUCUGUGAGCACUGCGGGAAGUGCCGCUGCACAGAGUGCACACUUCCCAGAACCCUACCCUCUUGCUGGGUCUGCAACCAGGAGUGCCUGUGCUCUGCCCAGAGCCUGGUGGAUACAGCCACCUGCAUGUGCCUGGUCAAAGGGAUCUUCUACCACUGUACUGAGGAUGAGGAUGACGAGGGCUCCUGCGCUGACAAGCCCUGCUCAUGCUCCCAGGCCAACUGCUGCGCUCGCUGGUCCUUCAUGGCCGCCGUUUCCCUUGUCCUGCCUUGCCUGGUCUGCUAUCUUCCAGCCAUGGGCCUGGCCAAACUUGGACAGAAGUGUUAUGACAAUGUUAGUAGGCCUGGCUGCCGCUGCAAGAACUUGCAGGGUGGCAAUAGCGUCCCCGUGUGUAAAAAUGGGAGUGUGGAGGCAAAGGUUGGAACACUAGAGAAGCAGCAGCAGGGGUCAUGAUACUGGACUAAACUGGCUGGCAGUGGCCUUGCAAAAGUAUGGACAGGACCACACGCGCUCACUCUCUAUGGAUAGGACAAUCCAACACCAACCCCUUAAACUACCCCAUUAUUCUGCUGGAAGAUGAUUUAUGUUAAACAAAGGUACUUAAAUGGCUUUUUGACCUACGUUUGAAUGGGUGGUGAACACAACAGGCCUGAUCCGAGAGAGAUGGCUAGGAGAAAUAGCUAACAGGCCCUCUGAGAUGUUUUUUUUUUUUUUAACUGUUUUUGUAAGAGGGACACAAGAAGAAGAAGAAGAUGAGGAAGAGACUCGAUUGUGGGAAUGGUGUUUGUGUUGUUCUGCAAAGAUGGCAAAAGGCACAAAGUCAUUGUACCUCUCUGCUGCUCUGUAUUUCUCAGCUAAUUUUUGUAUCGGUAACUAAUCAGAAGCUGGUGGCUGAUCCUUGGAUAACAUUAGAAGUUGGAAUGAUGGAGAUAUGGAUCUGUGCAACCCCCUCCCGUCCCCCCCGUGUCCCCUCUGUCUGAACAAACAUUCAAAUACAUGAUUACCUAUACUGUGGCUUUAUGAGAGGCCACGGCAAGAGUGAAACCACCACUUACUCUCUCUCUAUGCUAUUACGAUGAUCACCAUCUCUUAGUGUCACUAUUGUUCCUCCUUUUCCUUAAAAAUGCUAGCGGGGUUAUUGCUAACAUUUGAGCUCCACGGAGGGUCUGUAAACACACGACUUAAAUAACAAGUAGUCAUUUUCCUAUAGUUCCUACUCUGUAUUGUGUCCAAGCAGAGAGAGCGAGAUAAUCACUGAACGACAUUUGGAGGGUGAAGCACAGACAUUCUAAAACAUUUUGAAAGUCUUUCACCAGUCACCUCAGAGGUAAUGCAUGUCAUGACCUGCAUGCUCUAGUGUAAUGGUUUUCCACCGUGCUAGAGGUCGAUGUGUCGUAGAGAAAAUGUGUGAAAAAGUACACCCAACCUUCUCAGGGACUGUUACAGAAAUCCUCUCUAGAACUUGGCGUACUGCAUGUUGAUUUCUAAACUGCCUAAGAGCCUGGUCUGCUUCCUCUUUGCACAAGAAGGCAAAGUAAUAUUUAGGGGCAAAAAGGCAGUACUGAAUAAUUUAAAAUGAGUAAGCUAAGUGAGAGACAAACUGGCCAGAAAAUUAAUGUUUCCGGAGGAGAGGGGAUGCAAGAGAUAAAGAAUGAAGAGGGCGGGGGGGGGGGGGAAUAGCAAAGUUGUUGUAGUUGUGUUUGUAUCUAUUCAGCCUUUUGUCGAAAUCAAACCUGCCACUUGCACAACCUUUUUAGGAAGACAGAAACCUGUUAAAGGAUAUACUAAAGCACAGUAUUAACCACCUCAGCUAUCUCACGUUACAUCGGUGUGCACUGCAUUUAGCCCACCCGACCCAGCCUCCCUCCACACACACACACACACACACACACACACAGUGUCUUCAUGAAAGUCUAAUCAUUAUGCUGCAUAGUUGCAUUAGUCAGAUAGUCUAUCUUUUAUCCUCAAAAGUCUAUUUUUGUGGCUUGCAUGAUAGUCUUAGGACUUUGCCAAAGGAAGCUAGCAUACAGUAGCAUGUUGUCGCUGUCUUGAGGGAUCACAGUUGUUAUGCACUCUUGCCAAAUGGAGUCGACGGCGGUUGGUUGUUAAAGGUACGCUGCCCUUUAAUACAAAUGGCCUUUUUCUGUUUGGCAUAAAGGCAUACUGCCUUUGUUGCUCCGUAACACACACCUCUCGUUCACGUGGGACCCUUAACUUCCAGUAGGGUAUCUCAUUUUUUAAUUUUAAUUUUUGCUCAUAACCAUUUUUGUCUAGUUGCACAAUGUUGAUAUCAUACGGGGGGGGGAGGUGGGGGAGGAAAG